AGUUGAAUAAGGGCGUGAUUUAAAGAUGAGUACCUUUUGACCAACCAUCCAUUAUUAUGAGCCUUCUUCAUUCACUCAUUUUAUCAAACACCUCCGUCGCAGCAUGAACCCUCCCAUCACCUUCAAUUUCCUUACCAGUAAUGUCUCUUUUUUUUUUUGGCGCCACAAAAUGAGGAGAAAUCUCAGAUGCAUGCCUUCCGUCUUCCUUGCGCUCCGUGAUGAAAUCUAUUUUAUCAAUAAAUCGCAAUAUGUCCAACACCCCCUUCCUUUGAGAUUCCAAGUCCCCCACUUGACGCCUCCGCUCAGUAACCAUUCUCUUGCCACACUCACUCUUUAUGCAUCUUUCAAUUCCUCAGUCGACGGGCUAGGAGAAGCCCACAACGAUGUUGAUCGUGAAUUUGAGAGCGAUGCUGAAGAUGCAGUCACGGAUCACAAAAGCGCAGGCGAGUUUUCGUCUCGUGACUUGGCUACCCUUAUGGACAUUUUGCCAACAGGUGGUACUCAGGACAAGAGCAAAAAGCUGGAGCAAUGUGGAGUGAAUGUGACGCCGGCACUAGUGGCCAAUGUUCUUUCUGGAACACGGAAUGAUUGGGAAACGGCGUUCACCUUCUUUCUCUGGGCCGGCAAGCAGCCGGGUUACCAGCAUUCACUACGUCAAUAUCAUUCGAUGAUAGCGAUUCUUGGCAAGUUUAGGAAGUUUGAUACUGCGUGGUCUUUAAUCGACGACAUGAGAGCUGCAUCUCUUGUUACUCCGCACACGCUUUUGAUUAUGAUCAGGAGAUACGCAGCCGUGCACGAUGUUGCUAAGGCAAUCAAUACUUUUUAUGGGCUCCGCCGUUUUAAGUUUGAGAUAGGAAUGGAGGAGUUCCAAGGCCUGCUUUCGGCUCUGUGCCGGUACAAGAAUGUGAAAGACGCAGAGCAUCUGCUAUUCUGCAACAAAACUGUGUUUCCCCUGAACACGAAAAGCUUUAACAUUAUACUUAAUGGAUGGUGCAAUGUGAUUGGAGACUUGCGGGAGGGGAAGAGAAUUUGGAGGGAGAUGGAAGAGAGAGGGAUUAGGCAUGAUGUUUAUUCGUAUGGAAGUAUCAUGUCUUGCCAUUCGAAAGUAAAUCAUCUGAAUAUGGUGCUGAGAUUGUAUGAAGAAAUGAAAGUUCUUGGUAUUAAACCAGACAAGAAAGUCUACAAUGCCGUGAUUCAUGCUCUGGCCAAAGGCAGGUUAGUGAAAGAAGCUUGGAAUCUCAUGAAAACAAUGGAUGAGGAAGGUUUUACCCCAGACGCCGUCACUUAUAACUCGCUCAUCAUGCCUCUUUGUAAGUCGCGGCUGUUGGAUGAAGCUAAACAAGUGUUUGAUGAGAUGACUGAGAGGGGUCUGCGACCCACAGUUCGGACUUACCAUGCCUUCUUUCGUGUUUUAAGGACAGGGGAGGAAGUGUUUGAGCUUUUGCAGAGGAUGCGAAUGACUGGAUGCCAUCCAAGUCAUGACACAUAUAUAAUGCUCAUCCGGAAAUUUUGCCGUUGGCGCCAGCUUGACAAUGUCUUCAAACUGUGGACUGAGAUGAGCAAAAAUGGGCUCGACCCUGAUCGGAGCUCGUACAUUGUGCUGAUACAUGGUCUUUUUCUGAAUGGAAGAUUAGACGAGGCACACAAAUACUACCUAGAAAUGAAGGAAAAGCAUUUGUUACCGGAGCCAAAAAUAGAUGCUAUGCUUCAGGCUUGGGUGGCAGGCAAGACAGAUGCAGGCUGGCAUGUGAUUGCGUCAAAAGACGAUCAAUUUAACAGUAGUGAGCUUGGAGAAAAGACCAGAGAUAGAUCGAAAAGAAAUCACAGGGACAUCAACUUUCGCCGGCAACCUGAAUUAAGAAGUGUAACCAGGGAGCGAGGCUUUUCUUUCUGGGAUCCAUGAGCAUUUACCUUAAUAGGAUGCGAGCAGGUGGAUGACCUCUUGAACUGAGCCAUUUAGUUAGAUGCCUCCUUAAGUAUCUGACGGUAUUCCUGUUCUCUAUCUAAUGGUCGAGUAACUUAGUGUGGUGUUUAUACGCUUCAAUUUCUACUUGCAAUCAAUAAAAUCUGGUUGAACUA